AAAAAAUCGGGUCAGAUUUAAUUAGCUCAGAGUCAUAAGCCUAAUUGAUAAACCAAUAAUUUAUUACAAUGGGCCGGCCCAAUGUGUCACUUUGAAUGGUUGGCAGAUUCCGAAAUCCUUUUUAUUUUUAUUUUUAAUAAUCAAUCCACGGUUUCACGGGGACGAAACGAAGGCUCGUCAUCUAGGGCUUCUCCUUUGAUCCCUGCCGUAGUGAAAUCCUUCUCCAGUUCAAUCCUUUCUCUACCUCUGUGGCAUUCAUGGCGAACGCACCGGCGCGGUCGUUUUUGCAGGCGGUGGCGGCUACGGAAGAGACUGCCGUGCCACCUCUCAGAGUCGUUCAGAUUGAGGGACUGGUAAUUUUGAAGAUAAUUAAGCAUUGUAAGGAGUUUUCGCCAGCUUUAGUCACUGGACAACUUCUUGGAUUAGAUGUUGGAAGUGUCUUAGAAGUUACCAACUGUUUUCCCUUCCCGAUUCGGGAGGAAGAUGAAGAGAUAGAAGCUGAGGGUGCUAAUUAUCAGCUUGAAAUGAUGAGAUGCCUGAGAGAGGUUAAUGUUGACAACAACACCGUUGGAUGGUACCAAUCAACUUUAUUUGGCUCAUAUCAGACGGUUGAACUGAUUGAGACAUUCAUGAAUUACCAGGAAAAUAUAAGACGGUGUGUAUGCAUUAUAUAUGAUCCUUCGAGAUCCAAUCAAGGUAUUCUGGCUCUGAAGGCCUUGAAGCUUUCUGAUUCAUUCAUGGACCUGUACCGGAAUAAUAAUUUUACCGGAGAGAAGCUGAGGGAGACGAAUCUUUCAUGGGUGGAUAUCUUUGAAGAGAUACCUAUAAAAGUUUCCAAUUCUGCCCUUGUCAGUGCCUUCAUGACUGAAUUGGAACCGGAUACGCCGGUAACCCAGUGUGAUUUUGAUCGGCUGAAGUUAUCAAGUAGUCCUUAUUUGGAGAGAAAUGUGGAAUUUUUGGCUGAAUGUAUGGAUGACCUAUCAAAGCAGCAGCAGGAGUUCCAAUAUUACUAUCGCAACCUUUCACGCCAACAAUCGCAGCAACAAGCCUGGCUUCAAAAAAGAAGGGCCGAGAACAUGGCACGUAAAGCUGCAGGAGAAGAGCCACUACCCGAAGAGGAUCCUGCUAAUCCCUUGUUUAAGCCAAUUCCCGAGCCAUCUCGAUUAGAUAGCUUUCUAAUCACGAAUCAGAUUUCGAACUACUGCAAUCAAAUUAAUGGAGUUGCGGGCCAGAGCUUUAACAGACUCUAUUUGAUGAAGGCUCUGCGUGAUGAUUAAAACGAAGUACUCGUUGCGACUUGUCGAGCCUGCUCAUUUUGAUUUCUCAUCUGAGUUUUGGAAACAAUGUUAUGUACUUGAGACAAAUAUCUGUACUUUGUAAAAGCCGCAUGGCAUAUUUUUUUUUUGGUAAAGAUUUUUGUUGUUAAAUCUAUUGUUGGCAUUUGUAUGCAAAUUGGUUGUUCUUAGAAGCUGGUAAUCUUUCAUUGUUCUUGCAGCUGAAAAAUUUGGAAUCUAGAAUCUUUUAGCUUCAGAAGCACUCAUUUGUGGCGAUUGUGUGAGCCAUAAUAUUUUAUUGUUGAAGGAAGCUAUUCUCUGAAUUCCUAUAUAAAAAUAAGAGUUAUAUAUGCAUAAAUAGUUAUUUUGGUUUUCCAUAAAUAGUUAAGUAGUCU